GUCUAAUUUACUAGCAUGGCAUUAAUUUUCAUUCUGUUUCCUGUGGACCCUUUGUAAAAUAAUCCUGUUGGUGUGAAGCCUAGCGUGUAGACUGGAUUAACUCCAAGCUGAAGUUAACUGAAGCGCUUUAGGAAACCCUAGAUGUUUGCCAAGUCUAGCAGAAAGGAACAGACUGGAACAUAUUAUUCCACAGUUUAUUCUAGACUUUCACCCAAUGUUGGGGGACCAGCUGCUCACAUACCGUGAAUUGACUUGAAAAAUGUGAAACACAUCGAGACUUGUUAUUUACAUAUUUGGACAGCUAAACUGGGUUCUUUAUUGACUUGGCAAGUCUAGUGAAGUGUGUAGAGCACCCCUUAUCAGUUUACAUGUUAAGGUUAGGUUUAGUUCACUAGGCAGGGCGCUAUAGAGGCAUCAAUGCGACUCAAUGUAAAGGAGGCUAUAGUAACCGUCUAACAGGACAUGCUGUAUGAUAAGCUCAUAAAGACAAAGGACAUUUGAACCGCAAUAUAUCAAGUCAUUCAGUGUGACUUAAACUCCAUUUUGAAGUACAUUAUUAUCACCAAGAUAGUCACGUCAUCACGCCACAGCUAUUUACAAGGUCACAACUAGAAAAGAAAGAAGAGAAUCUAAAUGAAAUGUGAAACUUUGGAAAGAAAAGAAAGAUAAAACAGUUGAUGUUUACUACGAAAAGACUUGUAAAUUUGACUGAAGUCCAUCCAACUAGAAACACUCUGCACACGUGAGCAAUAGACGCAGACAGAGAGUCCACCGCAACAAUAUAUAUCGCGCUACAGUGAUAAAUGAUAGCCCGGGGAGGAAGGCAACAUUUGACAAACUCUCAUCUCAACAUUUGUCAUUAGACACAUCAUUGUGACACUAAACCUUAAUGUGCUCCGGUGGCGAUGGCUGAUACUCAGAUAAAGACAGAGGCUUCAUUGGAGGUGAUCAACUUGACCAAGAACAAUAGUGGCAUGGAUUUAAGCAAGACAUCGAAUAUCACAUCUAAGUCCUUAAGUCCAUCACAUAUACAAAUGCUUCAACAGCAAGCAAAUCCGACAAUUUUGUCAAUCCCUGCGCCAUUCCAGCAGGCAGCCUACCAGUAUACAUUCCUCAAUCAGGGGGGACUAGCGGGAGUUAUGACCCCUGUGAACCUUAAUACUACUGCCAAGAAGGGGAGCGAGGCCCCACAGGUCUUGGACCUCUCGAAGGGGUCCUCAAGUAAUCAGAGUUCUGACAGUGAGAUUCCAUAUGAUGCAAGGUCCAGAUCAAAGCUGAAAGGACUGGACCCUACCUUUUUAGAUAAUCAGGCCAUGACGCAAGAUCUCCUUAAUUCUCUUACCCCAGAGGAUGCCGAAAAUUUGAAGAAACCCCGUCAUGCUGGUGGGAAAAAUGUCAACCAGUAUGGCCGACUUUUCACCAAUGGACGCCCUCUGCCAGAACAUUUACGUGUGGAGAUUCUGCAGUUGGCCCUUCAGGGAAUCCGCCCUUGUGAAAUAAGCCGCCAGUUGCAGGUCUCUCAUGGCUGUGUCAGCAAAAUAUUGAACAGGUAUCGGCGUACAGGUAGCAUUAACCCUGGUCAGAUAGGAGGUAGCAAACCAAAGGUCACCACCCCUGAUGUUGUGGCAAGAGUCAAUCAAUACAAACUGGCUAACCCCCAAAUGUUCGCCUGGGAGAUUCGGCAGAAGUUGUUGGAUGAUGGCAUUUGUAACGAACGUAGUAUUCCAAGCAUUAGUUCUAUCAACCGUAUCAUUAGAGACAAGACUAUCAUGGCUAGAAGGGGCCUAUAUGCAACAGAAGAGAUGUUUGAUGAUCAAAUCAUUGAGAAUGCUGCAAUGAGUGCAUCAAUUAUGGUCAAGACUGAGCUGGAAGAUUACCAGAGUGACCAGAGCUUUGACAAUGAGUCCUAUACAUCUGCUGAAGCUGACACCUCCACCAACGAGCACAUGUCCAUGACAGGCUUUAUUAAGGUUGAACCUGAGGAGCAAUCAAGCCAGGAAGCUAAAGGAGUUGAGAGGCCAGAGAUCACACAGACGACUAGUAGGAGGUCACGCAAGAGUACACCGUAUAAGAUCUCCCUUGCAGAGAAUAAUGAUGACGUGGCUAGUCCAAGUAAAGGAGCAACAGUUAAUGGGGUUUCUCCAACUACACCCAGCCUUGUUUCUCCCAGUGUAAAAGCCAGUAGUAUUGCACCUACAGUAAAUGGUACUGACACCCCACGUACAAGUCAAGCAAGCCCACCAUAUAAAUCACUGGCCAUCUCCACAGGCUCACCUACACCUCCAACGCAAGCAACCUUAAGCAGUGCAUCUGCCUUGGCUGCCCAGAUCAAAGCUGCCUCAGCGUCAAACAUCGAUCUCUCCAACACUCCUAUGCAGCAGAAACAGAUUCUGUUGCUCAAUGGCCAGCAGUAUGAAAUUGUUCCCUUAGGCAACGGGAUCUGGAUCUCAAGGAAUGAGUACAUGUUGCUGCGGGAGCUACACACGGUCCAACAACAGAUUGCUAACACAUCCAACAAGGUGCAGAAGUUAGACAACGCCAAAUCUAAAUCAGCUCAAAAUGAUUCCAAACAUAGUGAACAAUUCACAAAGCUCAAAGAAAAGCCCAUAUUGCCACUAACUACUACAGAGCAGGCAAAUAGGGCCAAUAGUGUAGAACAAUUGAACCAUCAAACUGUAACACAAAAACUUGCUAACAAACUGGCUGAGAAACUAGGCAGCCAGACCAACAUUGCCAAGGCCACUGCUGACGAAACAAACUCAGACACAGACAACUCAAACAAACGUAAAGCAGAAAACGACUCAACUGAUGAUGAUGAACACAAUGAUAAACGUCAGAAAAUCGCCAGUGAAAAUGAGACUAUAAAGGAUGAAACUGAUGAUGAUGAAGAAAGUAAUCUUGUGAUAGCCGACCUUGCUGCUGAAAGUUCCCCUGCUGAUUCCCCUCGGCUUAUGAAGGCACUGCAGGGGGCUGCCACAUACGAAGGUCUGAAGGCUUCCGAUGCAAAAUCUGAGCAAAGCCCAAAACAAGAAAAUGAUGUGGAAAUGGAGAACAACGAAAACAAUAAUGAUAAAACAGACACAACAAUUGCAGUACCAGGAAAAGAUUCUAGCGAUGCUUCAUCCUAGGAGAGAUGUAUGAAUGCUCCUGCUUUCCACACAGAGACUUAAACAUUCGUUUUUUAGCUUAAGACAAUGAUAUAAUAAGGAAUUAGUUAAGAUAUGGACUCUGUAUGAGGUUAUGGACACUUGUUGUAGAAGUAUCAGUUUCAGAGGAAGAUUUGGAAGGAUUUGCAAUUUUGCUAUCUGAUUAAAAUAUGGACAGAAGUUGAUAGUUUUAUAAUACAAUCAUUGACCAUUAUUCACGAUAUUCCUGUAUGACUUUUAUUAUCUGUUUAUAUGCAUUUAUCUGGCAUUUAUGCUGUUGAACAAAUGAACUUUAUUGAAGUUGAUUUUUAAAAUGGAAAUAUAAAGUUUAAUACACUGUAUGUGGUUGAUGAAAGCAUUUGAGUGGAUCAUGAUAACACAAGUCAUUUCCUGUUUGAGUUUAUCUUAAUAUGUUUAUGGAGAUACCUGUUUAAAACAGAAUAUCAACUUAUCAUAAUCAUAUCAUGAAUUAAUUACAUUUCCAAAUGAAGUGAUCACAGACAUACAUGCAUGCUAAAAUGUAUUACAUUUGUGUGUAUGUCCUAUGCUGUCUAAUGAAAUUAUACAUUCUUAACUCAACAAUGACAUUAUUUUGAUAUACAUUAGAUAUAUCUAUUCCUUGUGUACAGUAGGAAGAAUCUGCUAUUGCUGGAUCUACUAUGAAUGUUUUAUAAAACAAAAUGUGAAACUUGUUCCAACUAAGAGAGAGCAGGCUUUCAGUUGUGAUGUUUUAUUCUUUUAAUAUUUUAAUGUCAAAUCCUUUUGAUGUAUUCAUUGUAUAUAUUCUAGUUGUGCCAAGUCAUGGUUAAAGCUUAGGUUCUUAGCAUGACAGGAGGGUACUGUCUAAAGAUUUCCUACCUAUCCUCAUAUCUUAUAUUAUCGUAUGAUCUGUAAAAUGAAGCCC